UUUGUCAUCUUUUUUUUUAAAUGAGAAAGUAGUUUUAGGAGGAAGAAAAAAGAAGUAAUAGAAUGGAGGGAGUAUUAAAUCUAUGCACUGCAAUCCAACCAAACUAGAAGACCAAAGUCCUAAUUUUUUAGGUUUGAAUUAUAAUUUUAUUUUAUUUUGUUGAACGAAGGGCCUAAAAACCAAACCCUUAAAACUGAAUUGUAUUCACGAAGAAGACCAACGAUUUCUAAUUGAAGAUGAUCUAAAGGGAAAAUGGGAGCAAAGGAAAUGGAGGCUAGAAAGGGAAUGCUGAUGGAAGGGAUAGCGUCCAUCGCACUUUUAUCCAGUGGAUCCAUCUCUGGACACUUUAUCCAGCUUCCAGAGUCUAUCUGCUAUGGCCUUCACGGCACCGAGUUGGCUUGUGAAAGGGAGUGCAGUAGAGGGGAGGAUUAUCGCUUGAUCAAACUUACGGUCACAGACUUUAAAACUAUGAGAGAACGGGAUGUUAUAGUGGAAUGCAAAGGACAUGAUGCUGCUAGGCUAAAUAAUAUUGAGCAUGCUCAUGGGUGGGAAAAUGAUGUUAUGAAUUUGCUUGAAGAGAAAUGCCGAAAGGGAAACAUUUUUGUUUCUUUUGAGUGUGAGACACUAAAAGCUGACAAAGAAGCAGAGGAUCAUAUCAGCAAGUGCAUGCCCAAAUUAGUAGGGAUGGAGGCUGUUGGUGGGUAAGACGAAGUGAUGGCUCGCGUAUGGUGUGACAAGUGUGUACCACUACAAUCGAAAGUGAACAUUGGCAAGAUGAAAAUCUCUGGCUUAGAUUUUGAAGAUGAAACUGAAUGAAAGCGUUUACGGCAAAAUGUUAUUGGAUCUGUUGAUUCUUCAUCUCAUCCGACUGUAAAUUAUUCCUCAGUUGCACUGCCGUUUCUAGCUCAUGAAAGCGUUUAAUUCGAUGUCAUCUUAUCCUCAUUGUCCAUUUCAAAUCAACAAAUUAAAAAAAAUGCAGUGUUUGU